CUGCCUGUGCUCGGUCCCCUGUUUCGGGCAGGUGGGAGCCGGCGAGCUGCGAAAGCUGCCGAGUUGACAGUGCUCCGACUGCAAACUUGCGCACGGGUGUAUUCUUCCCCUGCACCCCCGCCCAGGUCCUGAAAAGCCGUAAUUACCCCCAGAUCUGGGGCUCUGUGGUGCGUGCCCCAGGCUCUCCAGGUUCUGGUGGCCACAGAAGCCCCCUGUGCCACACCCCUGAUCUGCAGCUUCGGGAGGCCGGUGGACCUGGAGAAGGAUGACUACCAGAAGGUGGUGUGCAACAACGAGCACUGCCCCUGCAGCACGUGGAUGCACCUGCAGUGCUUCUAUGAAUGGGAGAGCAGCAUCCUGGUGCAGUUCAACUGCAUUGGCCGGGCCCGCAGCUGGAAUGAGAAGCAGUGCCGCCAAAACAUGUGGACCAAGAAGGGCUAUGACCUGGCCUUCCGCUUUUGCUCCUGCCGCUGUGGGCAGGGCCACUUGAAGAAGGAUACAGAUUGGUACCAGGUGAAGCGGAUGCAGGAUGAGAAAAAGAAGAAGUCUGGGUCAGAGAAGAACACGGGGAGGCCUCCGGGGGAUACUGGGGAGGAAGCAAAAAAGUGCAGGCCCCCCAACAAGCCCCAGAAGGGUCUGAACCAUGACCUCCCCCGACGGCAUUCCAUGGACAGGCAGAACUCCCAGGAAAAGGCCGUCAGUGCUGCAGCCUAUGGGGCCCGCUCCCCUUGUGGCUCCCCUGGCCAGUCCCCACCCAGUGGCUACUCCAUCCUCUCCCCAGCCCAUUUCAGUGGUCCCCGAUCUUCCAGAUAUCUUGGGGAAUUCUUGAAGAAUGCCAUUCAUCUUGAGCCUCACAAGAAGGCCAUGGCCGGGGGUCAUGUGUUUAGAAAUGCCCACUUUGAUUACAGUUCAACUGGGUUAUCUGUGCACAGGGCAGGGCACUUUGACACUCCUGUACAGUUCCUUCGGCGGCUAGACCUCUCUGAGCUCCUCACUCACAUCCCCAGGCAUAAGCUGAACACUUUCCACGUGCGGAUGGAAGACGAUGCUCAAGUGGGCCAGGGCGAGGAUCUACGGAAGUUUAUUCUUGCAGCCCUCAGUGCCAGCCACAGAAAUGUUGUAAACUGUGCUCUAUGCCACCGGACACUUCCUGUAUUUGAACAGUUCCCACUGGUGGAUGGAACUCUAUUCUUAAGCCCCUCAAGACAUGAUGAGAUUGAAUAUGAUGUUCCUUGUCACCUUCAAGGGAGACUCAUGCAUCUGUAUGCGGUGUGUGUGGACUGCCUGGAAGGGGUUCACAAGAUCAUCUGCAUCAAGUGCAAGUCACGGUGGGAUGGCAGCUGGCACCAGCUGGGCACCAUGUACACCUACGACAUCCUGGCUGCCUCUCCCUGUUGUCAGGCCCGUCUGAACUGCAAGCACUGUGGCAAGCCGGUGAUUGACGUACGGAUUGGAAUGCAGUACUUCUCCGAGUACAGCAACGUCCAGCAGUGUCCACACUGUGGGAACCUGGACUACCAUUUUGUGAAGCCAUUCUCCUCCUUCAAAGUUCUUGAAGCUUAUUGAUGAAAGCUUUGCUUUAGUAAUAGCUAUUUUAUUGAUACUGUUACUUUAUUACAUAUCUUUUAUAGGGAAACAUUCUGUGACAUUAAUUUCUUUUCUAAUUUAAAGCAGAGUUUUACUUUGUAUAUUUGUGCCACUAAAAUGAGGGCUUCUCCUUGCCCUGUCUUGAUUCCCAAAUGUCAGUCUGUGGUCAGGACUGGAGCCCAGAUGGGAAAUCAUGUGGAUUCAGGGAGGGUUUCACUCUGUUGCAGUUCUAAGAUAGUGGAAAGGAUAGGUGGACUUUAGGUGAGGAAUUCUGUGGCUAUAAACUUAAAGGUGUGGUAGGUAUUGGGAGGAGGGAGCUCCCACUAAAAUGUUAACUUUCUUGAGACCCACUUUUAGAUUUUCUGUGGGCCUUGAGAAAAAUAAGUGACAAGUGAAUGUAAGUCUGAGCCUGGAGAGCCAAUAGCAUAGGCCAUCUGGGCUCAGUGUUCUGCAGCACAGGUUGAGGUGCAAUUUACUCCCACUGACAAAUAAAUGGUUUGAGAGUGGACAUGGAUGCUCUUUCUUUGCUAUUGUAAUUUAACAGUCAAUUUUCAUACUGUUAAUAAUAUCCAAAUUAUAAGACACAUGAAAGCUAUUGAUGCAAAUGUUUUUAGGUAAGCUGCAUAUUAAUAGUAUGUGAAAUGAAUUUGGAAAUGUUCACUGAAUCAAGAGGGCAGAGAGGCAUAACUGCUAUAUGAAUUGUGUCUCUAGAGUUGGUCAAAUAGCUCUGUGGAGAAUCCAUGCAUACUAUGAUUUGGGCAAGGAUCAUUUAUACAGAUUGCACUUUUGGAAGUGCCACUUGGUCAGUCCUUCUCACAGGUAAAUCUCACAGCUACAGAGCCUAACUGGUGAGCUUCAGAACCAGUCAGGCCACACUCACCUUCUCCAUUACAUCUUAUUACUGCAUUAACUCAUGUGAUACCGAGUUUCCAAAAUCCAAGAGUUGACCUGAAGAGAGGAGGGAAAAUUUGUUAGUGAUCAAGAAGAGUUUUAAUUUUUUUUCCAAGUAUUUUGUUUUGGAAGCAGUAAUACAGGCAGAAAUUUGAAAAAUAGAUAUCCUAAAGAUCCCCAUGAUACCUUACUGUUGUUGAAAUGAUCACAUAAAGAAUUUGACUAGUCAGAGCAUUAUGUAGUUGAAAACCAGCCUGUGUUCACUAGAACUUGGACACUUCAUUAUGCUGAUGACAGACCCUUGUAGAAUUAGAGUAUGAUUUUUCAUGGAUGAAUUUGAUAAUUUUAAGUAUGAUAUAGAUAUGUACUAAAAUAAUACUAAAAAUAAUUUGAGGUUGAUGUGAAUAUUUUAUGUUACUUACUUGGUUUAUGCCAUUUUUUUCCCCUCAAGGUGGUUUUUCCUUUUAUGGUCAUCUAAGCAUUAUUGCAAAUGAGUUUAAGUUCUACUAUAAGAAAUACUUGAUUUUUUUUUUUAAACCAAUGGCAUUAAAGAACCAAUGUACCAACUAAUAUUUUUCAUCUUUCAGUUUAGAUUAUUAUUAAUUGAUUUGCUGCUUCUGUUUGGUGUUUGAUGAUCUGAAAAAUAUUUCACAGCAGGAGAAAAUACUCAAAUUGCCUAGGAGAAAAAUCAUUAUUGGUCAGACAGUGUUUAGUGCAACUACAACAGCUCUAUAGGAUAGAGCACUUGCAGGAUUUUCUUUGAUGCACAAAGCUGUAAUUGUGAAUUAGUUAUUUCCCCAUAAGUCUAUUAUGUACUGAUGUUUACAAUCCUUUCAGAUUUCAGAUAUGCCUUGGCGUUUGGUUCCUAUUUUUAAAAUAAUAAAUAUUUGUAAUGCUGUUCUUUAACUCACCUAUAUUUUUCUAGUGAAACCUUUUUAUUACAUUGUUCUGAAGUCAAGCUGAUCAUUCCAUGCAGUGAGUUCUUAGAAACCACUGUGGGAUAGUAGGCCACAUUCCAUAUUCUUAGAUGAUUUUCUACCCUUGAAUAUAAGCAUGAAGAGGUUUCACUCUAAUUGGGUGCUUCUCUAUUCUUUGAUGAUAAGGUGCGGACUCUGUAGAUGUAUGCAGUCCUAUAAGGGAAAAGAGAAGCACAGCACCAUCUCUGUCUUUUGCCUUUGGGGCAUUACGUUUUUGUCUAAAGGGGAAAUUGGUCUGAUUUAAGAAUAAAAUGCAAUUGAGUAUACAAUACUAUAAAAGUAAAUUUUAUUUUAGAAAUCUGCUGACCUUAAUGUUUUCUUUAAACUUGCCCAGAGCUCCUUGAUUGGAAUUGGAAUAUGUCAAGAAAGAUUACUAUUUUUGUUACAGUUAGGAUACUAAAGGGUAUCAGUUUCCAGGAGAUCUAAUUACUGUUUUUAUUGAUGAAUACUAUUCAAUAACAUGAAGCAGUUCUUAAGAGUGACUAAUAAUUUUAAAGUGAUUUUAUCUACUCUAACAAUUUUUUAGUCAUUUAUUUUUAAAGAGUCCUGUACUUUGAGUGGGUAAAACUCCAUGUGCUUCAGUUUUGAGAGAAGCCAGUUUCUGGUCGUUUUCUCUUCAGGGCAUCUCAACUCUGCUUUCAUCAGGCCACAUGGGAAGCAGUUAAUGCAGGGUUUCUGUCUUUGAAGGUAGACUUUAUGCCAUGAAAUGGAAUGAUGGGUGACCUGUCUAUUUUAAGGACAAAGGAGCUUCUCCAACAGCCUUUAAGUUUUGUAAAAGAAGUUCAGUUUUCUGAGUAAAAGGAAUUUUCAUUUGUUUUUGGAGAAAAUUUAUUCAUGAAGAAAGAAUAUGUAUUUAAAUGUUAAAACUAACAGACUGAUCUAUUGGACUACCAAAAUCAACCUGCUAAAAUCUUCCAUGUAGUCUUAUAAGACCAGUGCUUCUGUGUGGUCUGCUCUGUGCCUGUUCUAACACCCAUUUGCUUUUCUGUUUAGGUUCCUUGAAGCAGCUGUUGAGUUAUUUUAGUGGGAGGUUGGGGAAGAGGUGAGGAAAAAGCACUUUUAUGUAGUGUUUGGUUCCUAUUACAGGUAGAUACUGCCUGAACCAGUUCAUCUCCAUGUCCUGUUGAUUUUAUUAUACUUACAGGUAAUUGGAAGAAAAUAUAAUGGAUGGGCUCCAUUAAAACCAGCUCAGAAAUACGUUGUUGUUUGUAAAGAUUUCUUGUCAAGAUAUCUUGGAUUGCACUUUUGUUGAGGGAAGACAGUGUAAAUAGUUGAAGAAUGUUGAUACAUAAGUUGAAGCCUUUGGUUAUGGAAUCGUGUGGUGUUAGAGGGUUUCUGUUUGUGAAAUGUGUGUAUUAAAAUAAUAAAAUUUUAGAAACAAA